CCAGUGUCUUGCAGACUCACAGAGACGUGUGUGUCGCUCCAGAUUCAACGCCUCCCUGUGUUACGCUGGGGUGGAAGUAGUGACUGUGUGGACGCCGUCUCACCCAUUUGAACCCCAGCAGCCAUCAGGAACCUCUUGCUUAGUGUAACUUUCAUUCAGAAGACUGAAGACAUCAUGAAGUUUCAAUUGUUGCUGCUAUUUGCUCUGGUUGGGACUUUCUCUACCAAUGCACAUGCAAGCACUCUGGCAGUGCCUACAGAGGCACAGCUGACAGAAAGGUUUCAAACCACCCGAGCCGAAGCUGUCACGGCACCGUCUCAGACGGACAACCUAACAGCUACGGAAGAGGCCGACCAAUCAACUGCGUCAUUUACAGUACAUUCUACUGAGACUCCUCUGGAGUCCAGUAAGCCUACAGCAGAGAAGGUGGAGUCUGCCAGCACACUGCAUGCACAUACGAUAACUGGGAAACCGGACUUGGCAGAAGUCACGACAGCAUCAGAGCCAGUGUCUGAGGUCACAGCAAAGUCAGAAGUUCACAACGGAUAUAACCCUGAAUCAAUGGUUACUGGACACGUGGUGGGCAUUGCGAUUGGUGCACUGGUGGCUAUGGCCAUUCUUAUCGCAGUAAUAAUUGUGUUGGUCAGGAGGAUGGGCCAGUACUCCCCCUGAAAAGGAAGGCAGCACACCAGGAAGAGAAGAAUUCUGAACUACUGAAUGGAUGUCAUUUCCUGUCAUUAAACAAGCAAUCUAGGAGAGCUCUAAUCAUUCAAGACUAUGAGGAUGUGUUCUCCUACCCCUCCCCUGAACACUGAUAUGGUUGCUUAUCCCAACCCCCAUUGUACUCCACACUGCCAAAGAUUGAAACAGGAAUUCAAACUGAUUCUCUGUGCUUUAAAGCCAAGUAAUGUAAAGAAGAGAAGGAACGUGAGUCUGUUAACACAACUCACAGACUAGAUUCAGAGGGCCUAAAGAAUUACAUUAAUACACAUAAAAAGACUAGAACUAGAACAUCCUUUAAAAUUUCAGGAACCUGCACAAUGGAUUAAAAUUUCAAGUACAGGGUACAAUUAGCAGUAAAACUCACAAGACUUCUUCAUCAGCUUUAAUCUUUCAGUUGGCUGUGGCAUAAUGCGUACCAGUCACACACAUGCACGCGCACACGCAUGCACGCACACGCAACCACACGCAACCACACGCGCACACACACAUACA